AUGCCUUCUGUACCACUACCUGCUUCAGGAGGCUACAUUCAAGCUGUGCGCGAGUCUUCUGAGGCCGUAAGGAUCAAGGCAAACAUAAAAAUCAACGAGGAGGACAUGACUCGUUUACUCCUCUCUCCCGCUUUCACGAGCACAUACCAACGUCUCCGCACAGCCCAUGGCAUGACCCUUCCCCUCAACUUCAGCUCCGUCGCCCAGGAGCUCAACGUUCUUUCCGUCCUCUCCGUCCUCAACUUCGCGUCUGGCUAUCGUGUACCCUUACACGUCGCCACGGGGCGCGGCGCCUUCGACAACAUCCGCGCCUUCGUCUUUGCCGCCCACAUCUCGUCUUCGUCCGGAGAGGACGACUACUUCUCCGCGCGCGGCAUGCAGGCCAUCACGCCCCCCGCCGUCGCAGAUCUCAUGCGCGUCACCGGUUCCAUCCACGUCGAGCGGCCGCACGAGGACAUCCCAGGGGUGACCGUCGGCGAGCUCGGUGGCCCCAUCUGGGAGAUCGUCCAGAUCGUCGCGCGGACGCUGAACGAGACCGGGGCGGCGCUCGCCCAGGGCGGGUACCCAGACCUGGGGAGCUUCGUGCUCGAGGCCCUCAAGGAGGGCGAGAAGGCGAAGGCGUCCGGCGGCGACGCGUGCGACGUCGCGCUCGAGCGGCUCGUGCGCUGCAUCCCCGCGUUCCGCGACGCCGCGCCGGUCUACGACGCGCCCGUGUACUGCUUCAAGAAGGCGCUCCUCACCCUGCACGCCGUCGCGCUGCGCUUCGGCCCCGCGGGCAAGACCCCCACGCGCGCGGUCCCCGCGCCGGACACCACACGCCUCCCCAUCUUCUCGGACAACGUGAUCCCCUCGCUCCUCGUCCACCUCGGCGUGCUCGACCUCUCCGCCGCCGACCCCGCGCUCGGCCUCCCCGCGCUCUUCCCGCACGCGCGCGACCCCGCGGUGCUCGCGCCGCUGCUCGCCGCGUCGCCCGCGCCCGCGCCCGCGGAGGUCCUCGCGCAGAUGCCGGCGAAGGCGAAGGAGCCCCCGAAGGAGGGCCCGCGCGUGACGCAGGCGCAGGCGUUCGCGCUGCGCGGGGCCGCGAUCGACGUGUGCGAGCGGCUCGUCGCGCAUGGGAGGACGCUCGCUGCGGGGGCCGACCCUGAGCUUGCGUGGUUGGGGGAGCUCAUGCCGCCGGAGCUCGAUGCGUGGCUUUGGGCGGUGGCGAAGGACCGGCCGGACUACCGUAGACUGGAGCGGUUCGCGCUGACGGGCACGGCGUAUUUCUAG